AUGCUUGCAGAGCUGUUCCAGACAGCAUCUGAUGCCGCCAUUAAUUGUAAAUUUGAACAGAAUUUCUUGAGCAAUGAGGCUCCCUGUGCUAAAAGGGAACAGAUUUUGGCUUCAGUCAGGGAACUUAUCGAUGAGUUAUUCAUAAAAGCAUCUCGUAAUUAUGAUUGGGAUCUGGCACCCAAAUGUUCAUCAGAAGAACACAAGAGCAGAGAUGUAAACAAGAACUGCACCCCAACACCUAUGACCGCUUUUAUAGACAAUAAUGAAGAGGGACUUGCUGAUACAAAAAGAUCAGAAAUAUCCAAGGAAUGUCAAACAGCGACAUCAGCAGCAGAGACUCCCAGAGAUAUCAGCGAUAUUGAAGACAUCAUACCAGAACAUCCACUAUAUGAAAGUGAAUUAUCAGAUGGUCAAAUCCCAGAUCAAAAUUUGAUCAUAAUCAAUGAAAAGUCUUGUUCUGACUUGCAAGAAAGUGAAUCUCAACAUAACACCAAAUGUGAUAUUUCCAAGAUAAGAGAGGAUAUGCAAAAAGAAUAUUUUGUGUAUCUUCAAGAUUCGGUUGAUUCAGAAAAAAUAAGUCAGACAGCAACUGACCAAGAAGAGGCUCAAAAAGACAAUAGUGAUGAAGUUCUGCAGGGAGGCAACAAGUCUCCUAUACACGUGCCAUUUUUAUCUCUCAGAGAUGAAGAACUAGAGGUUCCACCAUGCAAGAUAGCAAAACUUGAUGAACACCCAUUUGGAUACAGCGCUGACUUUGAAUUAAACCUCUUAAAUGGCGUCAAGAUGUUGUUAAUGCAAACUGUAGACUGUGUUAGUGAAAGUAAUGAGGAAAUCCCAGUUUGCUUGGAAGACAUCACCCCAUCUCAAGUCAAGACCCAUGAAUCAUCUGAUGAAGAUCUAUUGGUUUCUGUUGAGAGUAAGACUCACACUUCCCUGUCAGCAGAGAGUGUUGAUGUUACACUAAAGCAAACACUUAUCACAGGUGAGGACACAAGGACGCCACAGCCCACGCUUCAAGGAUGUGAUUGUGAUAACAACGACACGAUAAACUCAAACCAUGAUGAUGUCAGGGAUCUCAAGACACUGGAGAAGAUUACAAAAGAUGAUGUGGGGCAAUAUUUGCACCUCCUUGAGAACAAAGAAGGUGUUAAGCUGCCAUCGGGGGAGUGUCACACUCUCAGAAAUUCAGAUGUGGAGUUUGAUGUAUCAUCUCUUCACAUAGAUGAUAGCAUCUCUUCAAAACCAUCCGACGAGAAGUGUGAAUGUGAUGUUACAGAUGAAGUGAGGGAUCACCAAGAGAAGAUUACACAUGAUGAUCUGGGGCAAGAUUUGCAGCUUCUUAAAAAGCCACACGAAGAUAAGCUGCCAUCAGGCAAAUGUCACACAUUGGAAGAUGAAGAUAUGGAGGAACAUGCAUCAUCUUCCAAGGCUAUCAUCUCAUCAGAACAACAAGAUGAAGACAAAUAUACAUCUGAUGUUGCAGAUAGCAACCAAGAGAAAAAAAUUGAAAAGGUCAAUAGAAGAAAUGAACAAGAGGCAACUGAAAUACAAGAGGACUUAAUGCAAAGUUUAAAUGCUCAUACUGGGGAAGAUAGAGGUAACGAUACUGACACACAAACCAUCAAUGAUCAGAUGGUACCAAGCUUUCAGAGGGAGGAGGAUUCUUGUUACCAUGGAGAUGACGAAUUGUAUGCAAAUGAUGAAGAACCAAAAGAUGUGAAGAGGAGGAGACUUGGCAAUGACACCAAAGAGAUUACUCCACAAACAAGCCCUGAUCUCAGAGAAUUAAAGGAUCUACAGUUGACCAGUGAGGGAGCAGGGCUUGUACCCGAGUACAGCACUGCAGACAGAUCGAAUAUGGUUUCAGAGAGUGUCUCUCCACGAGCGACUGGCAGUGUGGUUCAGGUUGUUCCACAGAAUAGCAGCACUGGAAUGUUCCACUGGAGGCAAGACAUAACUUUCCAGAGUCAACUCAAUAAAACAGGUGACAGUACAAAACCCAAUUAUCCACAAGGAGCAACAGUAGGCCCAUCCCAGCAGAGACCACAACCCUUGCCUUCAUGCAAUCGGAAGAGAAGAGUUGGCCUCUCAAGGAGGCAGAGAUUAAGCCAUCUUCAUAGUGUGAGCCGCCCUCCUUGUCAUCAAGUAAAGAUGGAGCCAUCUAAGAAGCAUGAAGACUGACUUGGAACUAAGAACAAUUACAAGCAGAGUUAAUUGUGAAACCAGUGAUGUUCUCUGAGUCAUCAGCAGGAUCAUCCAAUAUAAUACUCCAAGAGGACCACAGAGUAGUGAAGUUUAUAAAUCGUUGUUUGUGUUUUCUCCUUUGCAUUAUGUUCAGAUUAAUAGGUAAAGAUGUGCAAAAGUUAUAAAAGUUCCUAAAUUAAAGAUGCAUCCUUCUAAAGAAGCAUGAAUAGUAACUUGAGGACUCAGUGGUCAGACUCUACUUAAUUUGUGAAACCUGUGCCCAAUUUCAUAAAGCCUGUUAGCACAAAAACUGUUUAAGCAAAAACUGUUUAUGGCUCAAUUUUUGCUUAGCAAAAACAAUUCCAAGCAGUGGUUUCUGGGUAACAGUUUUAUGAAUUUGGGCCCCUUUAUGUUAUCCAUGUCACCCACUGGAUCUAUUAUGAAAUUCCAUGAGGGCUACAGAGCAUUUAAAUCAAACAAACUUAACUUUGUCCUUUGCAUUAUGUUCAGAUAUGCAAAGAUGUGCGUACAUUAUAGAGGUAUAAAAGUCACUAAAUACAGUGUUUGUUUGGUGUUUGUUUAAGUUGGCUUUGUAUAAUUAUAAAGCAGAUAAUAUGUUAAUAACCUUUUACAUUGUUUUUAAAUUUGUAUUUUUAAUGCUAAAAUUAAUAAAAAAUAAAAUACAAGUGUGUGUAUAGGGCCUGAAUAAGCCAUUCGAAGGGAACAUGUUCAAAACUCUUAUUUCAUAAGAGAAAAAGAAUCAAUAAUUUCAUGUGUUCGCUUUUUCAAUUAUUACUCUUUCAACUUGUCACAAAAUAAGUAAUAUAAAAAGUGGAGAUUUCCCUUUUGUUUACCCUGGAUUCAUCCAAGCAUAAUCAGGGAUAAGAACUUUCAGACUUUGUAAAGUCUGGUAAACAAAUCCAGAUCAAAUAAGUCUUGAUCUUUGAUCUACUUCUCUAGCACUGGGAUACUGUUCCCAAGAGCUCAUUGGAAUAAUAUAACUCCAUCCCAGGGGCUAUCAAAAGGUGCAAAUAUCCCCUUUCAAAUUGCCUCCUCCUAAAGUUAUGUUCUAACUUUCAAACUUUUUUUGUCAACAAUGACUCUCGCCCUUGCAUGAUGUAACCUGAUUAUAUCCCCCAAAAACUUAGAACAGGAAAUGUUUGGGCUCAUCUUGUUUAAUUGUUUUUUGUUCACACCAGACUGAUUUGUUUUUGUUGGAUAAAUCUGAACAGGAAAGACAUGUUCAAAACGGAAAGGAAUUGUUUUUAUUGUAUAAAGUGAAUAAUAUAAGUGUUUUUGUUACCAGUAUUUAUCAAGAACAAGUUUCCCUAAAACAAGGAACAGUUGUGACACAGUUAUUACAUUUUGUGCUAUUUAUUGUUGUGUUUUAAAAUGUUUGUUUUACAAAUUAAAACAUUCAAAAUUAAUUUAAUAUUUUAACUGUAAA